AUGGCCAUCUACACCGACAGGGGCUUGCGAAGGAUCGGCAACCUGUUCCUGGCCUCGCUGGCGAUCGCCGACCUAUUUGUCGGAGCGUUGGUCAUGACGUUCGCGCUGGUAAACGACCUGCAGGGCUACUGGAUGUUCGGCGCCAAGUUCUGUGACAUAUGGACUGCCAUAGACGUGAUGUGCUCCACCGCGUCCAUACUCAACCUAUGCGCUAUAUCACUCGACAGAUACAUCCACAUCAAAGACCCACUGAGGCGAGUAUAUAGUGACUUUAAUACCUGCAAGAUUUGA